CUGCGGUCACACUGCGGCAUUUCCUCAAAAAAGCAUCAUCAUCGCCUGCCAAAGACGACAAGGGAAAAAGCUAAAGAUCGAAUAUUUUGACUCUACCUCUGUCGCUGAAUAAAGCAAAAAGAUGUCCUCGCGCUACGAUCGAGCUGUAACCAUUUUCUCCCCGGACGGUCACCUCCUGCAAGUCGAAUAUGCCCAGGAAGCGGUUCGCAAGGGUUCGACGGCGGUCGGUGUUCGUGGGGCCAACUGUGUGGUCCUUGGUGUGGAGAAGAAAUCGGUGGCCAAAUUGCAAGAGGACCGCACGGUUCGCAAAAUUUGCAUGCUUGACCACCACGUUGUGAUGGCCUUUGCCGGCUUAACUGCCGAUGCGCGCAUCCUAAUAAAUCGCGCCCAGGUGGAAUGCCAGAGCCACCGCCUGAAUGUUGAGGAUCCAGUGACCCUAGAAUACAUAACCAGAUACAUUGCCCAACUGAAACAGAAGUACACGCAAAGCAAUGGCCGCCGUCCCUUCGGGAUAUCCUGUCUUAUUGGCGGCUUCGAUGCCGAUGGCUCUGCGCAUCUUUUCCAGACCGAACCGUCCGGAAUUUUCUAUGAGUACAAGGCUAACGCCACCGGGCGCUCGGCAAAGGUGGUGCGCGAGUUCUUUGAGAAGGCCUAUCGCGAGGAGGAGGUGGAAACCGAACGCGGAGCCGUCAAGCUGGCCAUUCGCGCCCUCCUCGAAGUCGCCCAGUCGGGUCAAAACAAUCUUGAGGUGGCCAUCAUGGAGAACGGCAAGCCACUGAAAAUGCUGGACAGCAAAGUCAUUGCCGAGUACGUUAAGAUAAUCGAAAAGGAAAAGGAGGAGGAGCUAGAGAAGAAGAAACAGAAAAAGUAACACCUAGCCCGGAACACUUCGAUGGAAGGCCUUCGCUUUGAAUCGUUUUUCAAAUCUAUUCUGUGGUAUACAGCAGCUUCGUAUCACCACCAACUUUGUAUGUUAUUUAUGGCAACUUCAUUUGGGUUGGAAAACGCUUCAAAUCAUAGCUUCGGUGGACCGAAUGCACACUUUUUUUUAAUGAACCAUUUCUUUUCUUCGAAACUUUGUAAAACGGUAUGAAGAAAUUUGAUUUGUAUAAAAUACAUGCGUCAUCAUACAUUAACCGGAA